AUGCCCGAGCUUCCCAGACUGACGGGAGCACUACGUGCCUUUGGUACAGUUUCCCAAGCUGAUGGUUUGGGACAUACCAAUGAUUUGACUUUACGUAAAUCACUGGCUCUCGAAAAACAAAAAGAAAGAAGUCCCUCUUGGGAAAACUUAUUGGGAUUAUUAAAAAAGAAUGCUAAUGCAAGCCACAGUGAAAUAGCUGCAACAACUAAACAAUUAGUAGCUACUGCAAAAUCUAUUGGUAAGUGCGGUUCUAAAAUUAAGAAACAGCAUUCAUGGUGUAAAUAAUUAAUGCAUUUGAAAGUUGACAAAUCUUUUAUUUGCUUGAAAUCUUGUUAAAGUUUUUGUUUAUUCCUCUGGCAUUUAAAACUGUAAUUUUGUCAGCACUUUUUAAACAUGCUAUACUUUGUUAAAUCCUUUAUUUUUAAAGCAAGCGAUUCUCUAAUUAAAACAGUUAUAGGUUGCUUAAUGUUUGUUUAUGGAUAUUUAAUAUAUUCAUUCAUUCAGAAGUCCCACACAGGCUAGUGCUUGAGCCAAUGGUUAAAGAACACCACUUUUCUCCCUGUGGGUUUAGACUUAAUUAAGUUGUUCAUAUUUAUGAAUUAAUGAAAUUAUUAUGUUGCAGUUUUUGAAAUUAUUCCUUUCCAAAUUUGUUUAAAAUUAUGACUUUUUUUUUUCAUCAGUUGGAUCAGAAGAAUCAUCAGAAACUGUAGAAUGUGGAGCUGCUUUCUUAUUUGAUGUCUUUAAGUCUGUUGAAAAUGUAGGACAGAGGGAAGCCACUCAGCUACGGAGUACUUUUGGGCCUUAUCCUGCUACUGCUGCCACAAAAGCAUGUAGUCUGGUGAAAAAGAUUGUUGGAUGGCUGCCAGAAUCUGCACUAGAAGAGCUGACUUCAGAGCGAGAGGAAGGUUGUUGA